CAAAAAUCAUCCGGAUUGUGGUUUAACCGGGUUGUGGGUCGAUAAAUAAAACCCGCGUUUGGCAAUACAUCUUAGCCGAACCCUAAGGUGAGAGACUCUCUCUUCAUCUCUUCACUUCACAGCAGCAGAAGACGCAGGAAUCAUGAAGUUCAAUAUCGCAAACCCUACCACAGGAUGCCAAAAGAAGCUCGAAAUUGAUGACGACCAGAAGUUGCGUGCUUUCUACGAUAAGAGAAUUUCACAGGAAGUCAGUGGAGAUGCUUUGGGCGAUGAGUUCAAGGGUUACGUCUUCAAGAUUAUGGGAGGAUGUGACAAACAAGGAUUCCCAAUGAAGCAGGGAGUCCUCACCCCUGGGCGUGUUCGCCUCUUGUUGCACAGAGGCACUCCUUGCUUCCGUGGACACGGAAGACGUAACGGUGAGAGGAGAAGGAAGUCAGUCCGUGGGUGUAUUGUGAGCCAAGACCUGUCAGUGCUGAACUUGGUCAUUGUGAAGAAGGGUGAGAAAGACUUGCCUGGAUUGACUGAUACCGAGAAGCCCAGGAUGAGAGGUCCCAAGAGGGCUUCUAAGAUCAGGAAGCUUUUUAAUUUGUCGAAGGAUGAUGAUGUUACAAAGUAUGUUAACACCUACCGUCGCUCCUUUACCAACAAAAAAGGUAAACAAACAAGCAAAGCACCAAAGGUCCAGAGAUUGGUUACACCCCUGACGUUGCAGAGAAAGAGAGGCCGAAUUGCUGAGAAAAAGAAGAGAAUUGCCAAAGCAAAGUCUGAGGCUGCAGAUUAUCAAAAAUUGCUUGCUUCCAGGUUGAAGGAGCAGAGAGACAGGCGUAGUGAGAGCUUGGCAAAGAAGAGGUCAAGACUCUCAGCUGCUACCAAGCCCUCAGUUGCUGUGUAGUUCGUGUCUUUAUGUCUAGGUUUAUUAUGCUACUGAGAUUUGGUAUUAGAUACUCUGUUUAAUCAGUUUUGAGUUAAGUUUUGUUUGCUGCUUUGUUCCUUGAUCCAACUUGAAUCUUUUUAUGCAUGCUCUCCAUACCUUUGACAGUAUUAUCUACUCCUUUUGGUA